AUGCGAGGCUUAGAUCUGGGUGCUGUGCUCUCAUCCGCACUCUUAGUAUCCUCGAGCAGUGCUAUUCACCUCUUCGCUGCGCAGUCCGAUGGCAAUCUGACUACACUCAAUUUAUCUGCUGGUGACACGAGAAAACCAUCAGGAUUUAAGGCUAUCGCUAACACCAUUGACUGUGCUGGAAACCCUUCGCAUCUGAAUCUCGACUUCCAUAACAGGGUUCUGUACUGUCUGGACCGAGGCCAGUCCAACGCAACGGCGGGAUCUCUCAACUCGUUCUCCAUCUCCCGCAAUGGAUCGCUGAGCCGCAUCGCACGCACGACCGCGCCAUUGUCUGGUGUGUUCGCACAAAUCUUCGAUACCGAGGCCGAUGUGCGUGGCUAUGUGUCAGCCUCAUACAACAAAAGCUCAAUUGCUUCUUGGAUCCUUGGAGAGAAGGGAGCACUUACUGGACCUCUGGAAACUAUCUUCCCCACCAUCAACAAAACCGGCCCUGUACCCGCUCGCCAGGACCGCAGCUAUGCACACCACGUAAUUCUCGACCCGACCAAGAAGUUCAUUCUCGUCCCCGACCUCGGCGGCGAUAUGGUCCGCGUAUACAAGUACGAUCCCAAGACCAUAUCUCCUCUCUCGGAGCUCAAGCCCCUCGUUGCCGACCCUGGAACUGGUCCCCGCCACGCCGCAUUGUGGGAGUCCCCCAGUGGCGAUUUGUAUCUGUUCUUCAAUGGCGAACUCAGCCAGAAGGUGUACUCGUACCGCGUCGAAUACACCGAGACCGGGCUUGCCUUCACCAAGAAUUUCGAAAUCGUCGGGCUGGACGUCGAGUACCCUGCUACGACUGCGCCUACGAGUGAGCUAGCCGUGAGCCCGGAUGGGCGGUUCGUCAUCGUGUCACACAGGGAGAAGUCCUUCGCCACUUCGCCGGUAUACCAGACGGGACCUAGCGACUCGAUAUCUACUUUUGCUAUCAAUGAUGGUGGGACGUUGAGCCUUGUGCAGGUUGCGCCCUCGGGCGGAUGGUCGCCUAGGCAGUUCAGCAUUAACAAGAACGGAGAUCUUUUGGCGGUUGGUCACCAGAGGAAUAACUCUGUUAUCAUCUGGAAGCGCCAUGUGGCGUCUGGAAAGAUUGUCUUAGAGGAGGAAGGCGGUAAGGUCGGAGAGGUCGUUGUCAAUGGCCCUGUUGUGUACACGCAGUGGGACGAGUGA